GGCCUGAUUGGGCCUUCUGCCGACUACCAAACAUGCCCCAAUUUUUCCAAUUGAUUGAUGCUAAAAAAUAAUUGCAAUUGAUUGUUGACGGAAAAGAAGUGUGCUCCAUUCCCCCUCCCUCCUAGGUCACUUCCCCGCCGGCUUCCUCUGUUCUCCGUCGCUCUGGUUGAUUCUUCUUGCGAGGAUUUGGGCACUAGAUUGGAUUUCGCAAAUAAAAAUCCGCCCGUGAGAUCCGGAAUCGAGCGAGCAGCAAUGGCGGCCGCGCCCGCUCAAGUUCUUCCGCCGGCCAAGAGGUGGAAGAAGGACCCCAAUUUCCUGGAAACCUCACCGGUCCAUCCGGCCAAUGCGGUGACCGCAGACUGGCCCUCGCUCCCGCCCGACAUCGUCCGCCACAUCGCCGACUCCUUCCUCGCCACCAACGACCUAGAUUGGUACGUGGACCUGCGCGCCGUCUGCCACAACUGGCGCUCCGCCACCGACGACCCCAAGGACAGCACCUCGGACCCCCGGUUCCUGCUUCGCCGGUGGAUUAUCCUCGACGAGGUCUUCCAGAGUGACAUGCGCCGCCUCUUGGUCAACACCGCCACUGGCCGGUUCCUCCACAAGGAGCUCCACGCGCUCCGCCACUACCACGUGGUCGCCACCACUCUCUGCGGCCUCUUCGUCCUGGCCGACAGGAGCCCUCCUCACGCCGCUCGUGUCUUCAACCCUCUCACCGGCGAUAUCAUCCGUUUCGCGGUGCCCGUGCCGCCCGAGGUGCAGGUCACCGCCGCCGUCUGCUUUGACUUCUCUUCGCCCUUGCUCUCCUUGUUCUUCGACUCAUGUUGCAAGAUGCACAUAGCCAGUCCUCACAGUUCUGACGCCCAAGUCUAUGACUUUGACCCUUCAGUUUACAGUUUCUUUCGUAGGGCGGUCGGAGGUGGUUUGGUCGGCCGUUGGUGGGAAUUUGCCGGAACAACUGACUUGGCUCUCAAGAUCUGCAAAGUGGGGCAGUCGCUUGGCGUCAAUCUGUCGAAGUUUUUUUCUGGUGCCCGGUGUUUACCAAUGGAAUUUGUUGGACAGAUGCUGAUCAUCAUCAAGGGACAACAAUUCUUCCAUGUCUUAAGAUUCAAAACCGAGAGCGCCGAGCUUUUGCAUGUGGAGACCAUCUGCAACCAUGCCAUCUUCAUUGGUCGUCAUAGGUGCCUUGCUGUGGAUGCUCACAUGUUUCCAUCCAUAGAGGCAAACUGUAUCUACUACACUGAACACCAGGGCUCGUCUGCCCACAUCUGGAAGUACAACAUCAAGGACCGAAAAGCAGACAGGAUCUCAGAAGCUGUCGAUUUUGUGAAGCAGGACAAGCAGUUUGUCCUGAUCGGCGACCGUCCUUCCACGAUCAUCCAGCUUCUGUCGAGCUACACCAUCAGCACCCGGGAUUCUGAAAUGGCUGGCGCCGUUAAACUUGAUGAUUGAUCCUAUGGCACUGUACGCGCACCCACACACGCACACGCUGGCGCUGGACGCUGUUCGCAGGACAGACGUGUUGAUUAGAUCAGAUCAGCCAUAUGAUGCAUGGAAUGAUCUGACAUGAGCAUGAUAGUGCAGGUCCAAGUGAUCAGCCGACGGAUAUGGCGUUUAAAUUGAAUCUACUACCAAACCUUGUCCCUGUGAUGCCAGGCAAGACGCAAGAGGUCUAGGCAGAUAGUUCAGAAUACUAGUAGCUGGAGCAUAGACUGACUGACUGACCAGAAUACCAGUGGGUGAUCCAUGGAAGAUGGAACAGCAGGUGCAAGCACAACUAGUGGCUCUCUGCUCUCACCAUGGGCCUAUGAAUUCUUCUUUAACCUCACUCCAACUGUUGAUACGAUUGUGAGACUUGUUCACUCUGUUUUCUAAAGAAGAAACAGUGCUUCAGUUGAGCUCUUGUGUAGCCGUAGUUCAACAUUCAGCAGCAGCUGUUUCUCAUGGUGACAUCGAUUCUAAUGGGCCCGGAGGACCGGGUUGAGGACACCCUGCUGGAUGGUGCCCUGGUGCGUGGGCUCCAGUGCCUUGAGGGCCUGGGUUCCCGGUUGGCCCUGGCUCUUGGGGGCCUGGGCUGGGCUUGAUGACUUGCUCCGGUCCUGCUGAGUUGGGGCUUCAGCUGCGAACUAAUGGAAGUUUAAACUUUCUAUUUCCUCUGAAGUUUUCUUUUCAUUUUGGUUCUGAUUCUGUGAAACUCUGAGCUAGUGUUUCACCUGCAGCUUCUACCUCCUCUGCUGCUGUUGCUUGCUCCAAGAUUGCUUGCUCUGCUGCUGUCCCCGUUGGUAGGAAUUAGCCAGAACAACUGACAUAGCUCUCAAGAUCUGCGAAAUGGGGCAGUCGCUUCGCGUCAAUCUGUCAAAGAUUUUUCAGGUGAUCAUACUGAGCUGGGACUUGCAAAUGAUGCCCUGUGUUUCCCAAUGGAAUUCGGUGGACAAAUGUUGGUCGUCAUCAAGGGACAAAACUUCUUCUGGGUUUUAAGAUUCGAAGCCGAGAGCUUCAUGCUUUUACAUUUGAAGAGCAUCGGCAACAAUGCCAUCUUCAUUGGUCAUCAUAGGUGCCUUGCUGUGGACGAUGAUAUGUUCCCAUCAAUCGAGGCAAAAUGUAUCUACUAUACUGAACACCACGGUUUGUCUGCUCACUUAUGGAAGUACAACAUCAAGGACUGAAAAUUAGAGAGGAUCUCGGAAGCCGUCGAUUUUGUGAAGCAGGACAAGCAGUAUGUCCUGGUCAGCAACCGUCCUUUCAUGAUCAUCCAGCUUCUCUCCAGCUACACCAUCAACAUCCGGGAUUCUGAACUAGCCUUAUAGCAGACCACAUUAGGCGCUGAUGAACUGGAUGACAUUUGAGCCUAUCAUAUGUAUUGCUAAGAAAGGUUUGUUGUUUUAUUGGUUGUUACUUUGCUUAUGCCUUAACUUGUUCUGGGCAGGACUCUAGGUGUUAUCUUCUGCUAUGGGAUUACGGUUAGCUAUCUUAUUUAGGACAUGAUAUGUACCGAAUGCUCCACUGUUUAGCUUGAUGCUAUCUUGUGUGCACUGUGGUUCUUAAUUUCCGCAGUAGAGAAUGUCAGCUCAACCUCCCCCCCCCCCCCCCCCCCCCUUUUUCUAUAUUUAGCCCUGCAACUGAAUCUAUGAUUAUAUGACGUGCCUCGUUGUACUAUGGUUAUUUUGCAACACCCUGUUCUAGGCAAGAAACAGGUUUUACAUUUGCUUACCAGUUGUCAGUGGAACAACUGUAUAUAUGUUGCAGCCGGACUUAUAAUGUUCAUCUAUUUCUUGUAGUGCUCCUUGGAUUCUAUGAUUCACCCCUUGUACUCUUUCCUUUUGUGCUCAUUGCUGCAGAAUGGUAUGACAAAAAUUGCCGCACAACUGCUGUUGGGAACUUUGGCUGUGCUUUUCAGCUCACCAUGGCUGCUAAGAAAUUAAGAUGUGCUUUGCUUAUAAAAAGUAUUCAGACACAAUUUAUAGUUGCUGUUUGUAGAUGGAUUUUGUAGAUUCAGCUGUUGACAUAUUUUUAUCUGAAAGGUGUUUUAUUUUUGUCUGAAAGGAGUAUACACUAUACAGGUGUUGAUUACACUAAUAUUAGAUCAUGCCAUACCAUGAAAUUAAAUUGUGUAGAAUGAUCAUCGGCCAGAGAUUGCAGUCAAGAAUCAGUAACUCAAAUUUGUACUACUGUUGAUGUAAGGCAAUAGUUGGCAGGGAGUUCAGAAUAGUAGCUGCAACUUGGAACAUAGUCCAGACUGACCACUUUGUGAGAGUGAUCCAUGGAAUGGCCCUACUACUGGGGGGCUUGGUGACUUCUUCGGGUCCUGGUAAGUUUGGCCUUCAGCUAACUACUGAAGAAUAAAACUCGGCAAUGUUUGCCAGAGUGAUCAAUUUCAACUAACAUCUCAAGCAUACACUAGUUCUUCUGAGAAAGAAAACCAUGCACUAGUCCUAUAGGUUUCCUCCUCUGAACCUUCCUUUUUUAUUUCUGAGGCUGAUUCUCUGAGACUCUGAAUGAAUGCUUCCUCUGCAGCUUCUGAGCUACAACAUCAAUAAUGGCCCGGAUUCUCAACUGGCCUUUCGACAGAUGUUAUAAGGCUCCGUCAAUACCUUCUUUCAACUAUGGGGAUAGUGAUCUCGACGACUGACAAAUGUUAUAAGGUUUCCUGUUUCCUCUCUAGUAUUCUGUUUUGUUGAUUCGGCACUGCCUUGACUUCAUUCCAGGCAAGAAAUUGGUUGACGCUAUAUUAGGUCACAUGGCUUAUUCCGGACUUGACAUCAGUUUUGCUUGAUGCUCUGCUGAUGACCAGCGAGAACAUGUUUUAGAUUCGCUCAACCGGUGGCCUGUGGAAAUGUUGUAUGUCAUGGCCAGGGAGGGAUCAGAACAGGGUGUGUGUUUCAUCAAUUUUUGGAAUGCUUCCUUGUGUGUGCGCUUCAACCACUUGUCCUAUUUGUUUUUUUAGUUUGUUCUCUGUGGAUUUCUGGGCUGUUACUGAAGCAUGGUUUAACACAGUUUGUAGCACACUUGGCCUUACAUCUGUUUUACUUGUAUACGUACAGAGGUACAUUGUAUGCUGUUGGGUGGACACACGGGUUUUUGUACUUGAAAGAAACAUUUGGCAUUCUACUAGGUUGACAUGCUGGUUAAAUCUACGUUCCCUAUACUGGCACCAUAUGAUUGUUACAAGACC